UUAUGCUUUUGCAUUCGCAUAUGGAUUCAGCAUUGUUCUCCUCCUAUCACUCAGUAACUAGUAAAUUUUCCCUUGUAUUCUUCAUUACAAGUUUUCUUUGUAUUUCUGUGGCAUUGUGUCAUGGCAAUGACACAGACCAACAAGCACUACUUGCAUUCAGGAGAGCAAUAAAGGAUCCUUUUGGAUAUAUGAAACCAUGGAAUGUAUCCACAAACUUUUGCCAGUGGCCUGGUAUCACUUGUGGACGUAAACACAUGAGAGUCGUUCAACUAAACCUCGCGAACCAAAAUCUAGAUGGUCCCUUGUCGCCCUUUAUUGGCAACAUGAGUUUUCUCAGGUCUCUAUACCUGUCAAACAAUAGCUUCCGUGGUGAAAUCCCCUCGGAGAUAGGUCGUUUGAGAAGGCUACAACGAUUGAAUCUUGGUAACAACACAUUUCAUGGUGAUAUUCCCUCAAAUUUAUCAAGGUGCUCAAAUCUUGUAUCUCUUCUCCUUGGAGGUAACAAGUUAGUCGGAAGUCUUCCUCCGGAGCUAGGCUCAUUGUCCAAACUCGAAUACUUGUUACUCACUCGAAACAACUUGACAGGUGAAAUCCCUUCUUCUUUUGGAAACUUAACUUCAUUGAAAGGAUUCUAUGCACCAUUGAAUAAUCUUCAUGGGAAAAUCCCUGACUCACUCGGGCAGCUAAAGAACUUAAAAUUUUUAGGAAUAGCUGCAAACAAUUUGAUAGGUACCAUCCCUUAUGCAAUCUUCAACAUCUCUUCCAUGACAACAUUUGAUGUUGGAAUAAACCAAAUCCAAGGUACUCUUCCUUCAAGUUUGGGAAUCACCCUCCCCAAUCUUGAACUAUUUAUAAUUGGUGGGAACAAUAUUUCUGGAUUAAUACCAUCUUCAUUGUCCAAUUCAUCAAAGUUAGUGUAUUUUCUUGCGGGAGGUAAUCAACUUACAGGAAGUGUACCAAGUCUUGAAAACCUGAAUGAGCUUCAACAGUUAACCAUUCCAGGGAAUUAUCUUGGAACUGGAGAACCAAAUGAUUUAAGUUUCAUAUCCUCUCUGACGAACGCAUCUAGUUUCAGAAUUUUGGAGAUGCAGUUCAAUAGUUUUGGAGGAAUUCUGCCUGUAUCCUUCCGAAAUCUCUCAACUGAGCUUCAGGUUGUGCAGUUGUCAUACAACAAAAUACGUGGUAACAUACCGGCUGAGAUUGGAAAUUUCAUCAACUUGGAAGAAUUUCAGGUGAGGGAAAACUUACUCACUGGUACUAUUCCUACAAGUUUUGGGAAGGUUAAGAAAAUGCAGAUUUUGGAUUUGUCUCAGAAUAGAUUUUCUGGGAAUAUUCCAUCAUCUCUAGGAAAUCUGAGUGUAGUAACCAUCCUUCUUUUUCACGAUAAUGAUCUUACGGGUGAGAUACCAGCAAGUUUAGGAAAUUGCAAUAAUUUGAUUGAAAUAUAUGCUGCUCAAAAUAACAUGUUAGGACAGAUACCUAAGGAACUUUUUACUCUCUCUUCCUUAGUUGCUGUAGAUAUUUCUGAGAACCAUCUAGAUGGUUUCAUUCCUCUCGAAGCUGGACAUAUGAGAAAUCUCGAAUAUCUCAAUGUUUCCGAGAACAACUUGACUGGAAAAAUACCAAGUACCAUUGGUAGCUGUGUGAGACUUGAAGUCUUAGACAUGAAAGGAAACUCUUUUCAAGGAACUAUUCCACCUUCAUUUAGUUCUUUGAGAGGUCUCCAUGUUUUAGACCUUUCUAGGAAUAACUUGUCUGGUCAAGUACCAAAUUACUUGGAAGAUUUCAAGUUUCAACUCCUGAAUUUGUCGUUCAAUGGUUUCGAAGGAAUGUUGCCUAAUGAAGGCAUCUUUAAGAAUGCAAGUGCAAUAUCAGUAAUUGGAAAUCCAAAACUUUGUGGGGGUGUGCCUAACAUGCAUCUUCCAGAGUGCGACAUCAAAAGAUCAAAAAAAUUUGGUUCGAGGUUUAUCCUCAACAUUGUAAUGUCUAUUGUCUUUGGUAUACUAGGACUUACCAUUCUAGUCAUUUUACUAUUUUUUUUCUUAUUCAAGAAACCAAAAAAGGGGCCUGUUUUGAGCUCAUUUGGCGAAUCUCUCAUAAAUGUAUCUUACCAAAAUUUGCUUCAAGCUACUAAUGGAUUCUCUGAAGACAACUUGAUUGGUGCUGGUAGCUAUGGAUCUGUGUAUAAAGGAACUCUUGACGGAGGAAUAGUCGUCGCAGUGAAAGUAUUAAACCUCUCGCGGCAUGGAGCUUCCAAAAGCUUUAUGGCUGAAUGUGAUGUCUUGAGAAACAUAAGACAUCGGAAUUUGGUCAAGGUUCUCACAGCUUGUUCGGGAAUCGACUAUCAAGGGAAUGAUUUCAAGGCAUUGGUUUACGAGUUUAUGGCUAAUGGAAGCCUCGAAGACUGGUUGCAUCUGAAUCCAAGUGAAGAUGCAAAUCUGGCAGAAUCAAAAAAGUUGAAUAUUCUUCAAAGGCUCAACAUUGCUAUUGAUGUCGCUUCUGCAAUCGAUUAUCUUCAUCACCACUGUGAGACUCCGAUAAUUCACUGUGAUCUCAAGCCAAGCAACAUUCUUCUAGACGAUAGAUUGGUCGGUCAUAUUGGUGAUUUUGGUUUGGCAAAAUUCCUUCAACCAACUGCACAAAAUUCUUCUGUUUCAGAAGGAAGCUCUAGUCUUAUUAGAGGAACUAUUGGUUACACUGCUCCAGAAUAUGGGAUGGGCAGCGAGCUAUCGACUUGUGGUGAUGUGUACAGCUUCGGAAUCCUCUUGCUUGAAAUGUUCAUAGGAAAAAGGCCAACAGAUGGAAUGUUUAGCGAUGGUUUAGACCUGCCGAGUUUUGCUAAGUAUGCGUUGCUUAAUGGAGCUACAGAAGUCAUAGAACCAUCCCUUAUUUCCGGAAGUAAUGAAGAGGAUGGAGGUCAAAACACAAGUAUGCACCAGAAUGAGGAGUGUCUGGUUUCUAUACUUCAAGUUGGGGUUGCUUGUUCUGCAUAUUCUGGAGCUGAAAGAAUGAACAUCACUGAAACUGUUUCCAAAUUGUACUCUAUCAGAGAUGCUGCCAUGUGACAAGGAGGUCACGGGUUCGAGCCGUGGAAACAGCCUCUUGUAGAAAUGCAGGGUAAGGCUGCGUAAAAUAGACCCUUGUGGUCGCCCUUCCCCGGACCCCACGCAUAGCGGGAGCUUAGUGCACCCGGCUGCCACUACUCUAUCAGAGAUGCUCUUCUGAAAUCAGAAAAAAAUUCAGGAGCAUGCUGAAAACAUCUUUUCUUUUCUAGUUAUAAGUUAACUGUGUCUUUGUUGUUGUUACCAAUGAGUAUAAUAAGUUUCUUCUUCAGUACUUAGGCUAUUCAUCACCUGAUUACAUGAUGUUAGAACUACAGAAUAUCUUGUAAUAAGUAUAAGCAGAAUCAAAAUCAGAUUGUAUAAAGACAAGAAGGAAACUUUUAUUGAAGCUGAGAUUUCACAAGGUGGAAAAUUGUUUUGGUUCUCAUUACAAUUUUCAAAAAGGAAUAAUAAUCUACAAGCAGUGGAAAAAAUUUAAGCAACUAUUUAGCAGUACUGUUAUUUCAUAUUUCAUUUCCACUGGUUUGCAACAAUGUCAGCAA